CCGAGAGGCUGUCCGCACACUCUGCCCGCAGCCCCACUCCGCGCCGCCGACCCCCUGACACCGCGCCCAGCGCCGGGGCAGCGCGUCCCGGACCCCGAGCUUGGCGCGCCCCCGUCGGCUUCCGGACCCCGUUCCUUGCGCCCCUCUCCGGGACCCUGCGCCCCGGCUCCUGGACUCCAGGUGCCCCUGGGUCCCCGGCCAGCGGCGAGCCCUAUGGCCCCCCAGGGGGGUGAGGUGGGAGCAGCCUGAGUACCCCGAGCCGGUGCCCCGUCCACGCCCCUCCGGGCCGCGCGGCGGGAGUCAUCGGGGAGCUAUGCUGAAGCCGGGUAGUGCGGAGGAAGCCGCGCAGCUCCCCCCUCGGCGCACACGCGCCCCUGUCCCCGCGCUCGCGCCAGGACCCGCGGCCCCCGACGGCUCUCGGGCUUCGGCCCGCCUCGGUCUUGCCUGCCCGCUGCUGCUGCUGCUGCUGACGCUGCCGGCCCGCGUAGACACAUCCUGGUGGUACAUCGGGGCCCUGGGGGCCCGAGUGAUCUGUGACAAUAUCCCUGGCCUGGUGAGCCGGCAGCGGCAGCUGUGCCAGCGGUACCCAGACAUCAUGCGCUCGGUGGGCGAGGGCGCCCGAGAAUGGAUCCGGGAGUGUCAGCACCAGUUCCGCCACCACCGCUGGAACUGCACCACGCUGGACCGGGACCACACUGUCUUUGGUCGCGUCAUGCUCCGAAGCAGCCGGGAGGCAGCAUUUGUAUAUGCUAUCUCGUCAGCGGGGGUGGUCCAUGCUAUCACCCGUGCCUGUAGCCAGGGUGAACUGAGUGUGUGCAGCUGUGACCCCUACACCCGUGGCCGACACCAUGACCAACGUGGGGAUUUUGACUGGGGUGGCUGCAGUGACAACAUCCACUACGGUGUUCGCUUUGCCAAGGCCUUUGUGGAUGCCAAGGAAAAGAGGCUUAAGGAUGCCCGGGCCCUCAUGAACUUACAUAACAACCGCUGUGGUCGCACGGCCGUGCGGCGGUUUCUGAAGCUCGAGUGUAAGUGCCAUGGCGUGAGCGGCUCCUGUACUCUGCGCACCUGCUGGCGUGCGCUCUCAGACUUCCGCCGCACGGGUGAUUACCUCCGGCGGCGCUAUGAUGGCGCCGUGCAGGUGACAGCAACCCAGGAUGGCGCCAACUUCACAGCAGCCCGCCAGGGCUAUCGCCGUGCCACCCGGACUGACCUCGUCUACUUUGAUAACUCCCCAGACUACUGUGUCUUGGACAAGGCUGCAGGUUCCCUAGGCACUGCGGGCCGUGUCUGCAGCAAGACAUCUAAAGGGACGGAUGGUUGCGAAAUCAUGUGCUGUGGCCGAGGGUAUGACACAACUCGAGUCACCCGUGUCACCCAGUGUCCAAGACAGUGAGACAAAGCAGCUCCAAGAGAGGAUGUGUGCAAGGGGAACCCUUCCCUGUUCAACCCUGGAAUGCAUUCCUUCAGAAACCGCGUACGCCUGCACAUACCCUACCGAUCCCACUCCUGCACUCCAACUGUGAAGGCAGAAGGGAGAACUGCAGGAACACAAUGUUCAUCCAUCACAGACCCAGGCCCCCACUUGAGCUAGGGGAAGGACACCUCGUGAAAACAGUCUACCUAGAGUCAGGAUCUGUCCCAGAGCAAACCUUACUUUGUGGUCCAUCGAUCUUGGCUCUCACAGCUCUCCCUGCUCCCCACCCCCACUGCCUCCGCAUGUGGGCUCAGAAGUCAUCAUCUAAAGAAUUCCACUGCUCACCUCCUGCAUAGCAGCACAGCCCCAUGAGGCCGCACACCAGAUGGAGGGGAUAAAAGUACGAGGUCAUGGCUUCUAGCAAGAGGCUUUUUCUAAAACUAACCCUGACUCCUGGAAAAGAGGCAGAGCAGGAGAGUGUCGGGUGAGCUGCUGACGACAGCAGCUUCAUGGGUCUUGUGUGAAAAGGAAGGACAAAGCCUUCAUUAAAAAUUUCCCUGCUCCUGUCUCCAGACCUAUUUCUGAUCCCACAUCUACUCCUUGAAGGUGUCUGAGUAGAAUGCAGAGACUGCCAAGCCGAAGGGUUAAAUCCUUCCCAUUUGUCGGGGCCUCUUCAGCAGGCUGCCACACACAUGCUGAGGUGGAGGCCCAGCCCUGAACACGUGGCCUGUUCCUCCAGGCAGUCAGCUAUGAUGUAAAGGGAAAAGGUGGGGAAGGCGGACUAGAACUCUGGGGAAAUUGAGAAGGCCAUGGCCUUCAAAACGCUUGUAUGUAAUAGACAAAGACAAGGGUAUACAGGAAACUCAUCAUUCCUCGGAUCAUUAUGCCUGUUGGGUGACAAGCUACACAGGCAACAAUCACAAAGGAAAAACAGUUCGAGGAAUGGACUGAGAAACAGAAGUCUCCAAAUACAGCAAUCCGGCGGAGGCCAUGCAGCACCCUUUCUACAGGGGUGACUUCUGAGUUGGAGUUUUAAAAGAUAAGGGAUGGACUGGUGGAGGGGAGUCAGAGAAGGCGGUCUACAGCGAAGGAACUGCUAUGCGCUGAGACGUAGAAGCAAGAAUGUGCAAGCAAUAUAUAAGGAAUUUCAAGCCGGUACAUAUUAUAUACACCGGGGACGACCGAGAAAUGAGAAUGCUGAGAUAAGGGCUGAACUAACGUGAGCUAGCUGCAUGCGCCUCACUGUCACAUGGUGCAGAGCCCCUGCAGGGCUGCAAAGCAUCUUGAUCUAUGUCCAUCAACGCCGGGGCACCGAUGGGAAAGCACAGGGAUGAGUCCGUUUGUUACAUGUACAGGGACGAAAAGAGAGCUACACUGUACAUAACAAAUGCUAAGUGUUAAUGACAACUCACUAGCAUUUGAGGUUCUAGACUAAAUAAGAGAUGUGAAAUAUUCUGUCCACAAUUGUGAUGCAUUAAUGGAGGCUUACAGGCCCAGACGCUUGGCAUAAAUUCAGCCAAACUCUUAAGAAAUUACAAUGUAAAAAAGGAAUAAUUUAAAAUUAAAAAUAUGUGGUUCUUUCCCUCACUCUCCACCUUAGAAUUUGACAGGCCUCGAUGUCCCGUUUGACAUAUGGAACCUUGUGGUGAGCAGAUUCAUCAUAUGUGAGGCCACAGUGAAUGGGAGGAGAGUGAUGAAAGAGCUUUAGGGACCGCAAAACCAGUUCACUGAUAAGGGAGAAGACAGGUCUUGUGCACUACAAGCUGCUAGACAGAGUGACUGCCAAAAACAAGAGACAGAUUCCGAUUUCCUAACUUCCAGUUAGGUCGUUGGCUUCUUGCAUCAUGAAGGUAAAAACAGAGCUAUCUACCAGGCUCCUGUCCUACUUCCUUACUGAGCUUUCUUAAUUUUUGAGGACAAAAAUCACAAGGACAACCCAUUCUUCCACAGCACUCUCCUUGUGCUUCUCUUUCAGAAACAGAAUAAGUUGACCCUUGCACAACACAGGUUUGAAGUGCAUAGGUCCACUUCUACGCAGAUUCGUUUUAUAAACACAGUGCAGUACUGGAAAUGUAUUUGUUUCUCUUCCUGAUGACUUUCUUAAUAACAUUUUCUUAAUUAUAAGAAUACAGUAUAUAAUAAUACAACAGACAAUAUGUGUGUUAACUGUUUAUGUUGAUGAGGGUUCUGGUCAACAUUAAGUUUAUGGGGAGUCAAAAGUCAUAAGUGGAUUUUUGACCGUACAGAAGGUCAGUGCCCGUAACUCCUAUGUCGUUCAAGGGUCAACUAUAUUAGAAUACACACACACACACACCACUGAAUAAGCCAAAAGGUGAACAGUAUCCUAAGUGUUUGCUUUACUUAACUGGCACAAUUUGGUGCUGGGAGGCAGCCACUUACACAGUGACAGCAUUUGUUGGUAUCAUCUUAGUUUUUUCCUCCUUCCCUAGGCAGUUUAUAAAAGGUGAUUUCUGAAACCUUUCACAAUAGAAAAGCUCAAGGGUUUACAUUCAACUGUGACACCACUAUGAAUUCACUAAGAGGCAUGUUUCAGGUUGCACUAUAAUUUCCCUAUGUAACAUAAACCCACAGAAUCUGACAUAAGCCGAUUGCUCAUGCUGGUUAUUUUAUUUACAUUUCUGAAUGGAAAGGAUCUCAAUACUCAUAAAAUAUCUAACUGACUUAUUAUUUUUCAUCUGUUCUCCCAGAGCAGCUAGUAUAAAAUGGACAUCGAGAUAGAAGUCUCAACUUGUAUGACUGGUUAAACGACCAAAGAAAAGUUAUUGCUCAAAAGCAAUUAAAAAAAUAAUUUAAUAUGGAGCUUGAGGACAAGAGAGAUGAUUACUCUCAAUGCCACCUGAAAGAUAAAAGUUAAAAAAAAAAGUUAAGUAAUUGUGUUCAUUAUCUUUGUCCAAGUCCUAUGGGAGUAGGUGGUAGCCAGGAGCUCAGGGGGCCUGGACUUGACUUUUGACUUAACUCUUUCUCUAGAGACCUAAUAUUGGCAGACAUGGUCUAGUCUAAAUGGGAACACAGGUGAAUGGAUGAGAGUGGGCUCCUUACAACCCAGAAAUAUGAAUGUGCCUCCUUACCAGCAUGUUACAAAUCAAACUUCUGAGCUGGAAGAUGCUAUCAUGCAUCUCUCAUUAUCUGGAGAUAUAUAUUCUGUUAACCUACCCAAAGAAAGAUAAUUUCUACUUAUACCAGCAGAUAUUGCAAGCUUGGAUGGAUUGCUAGAGAACUAACAAUCACCAGUAAAUUCCAAAGCCUCAACUGCAGUCUUCUGCCUCCAAGUCAUUGUUCAAAUUACCCCACUUCCUUUCUUCUGCUGCCACACCGAGUUAAAUCAGCAUACUCUUUGACCCCCUCGUACGGUCUUGGGCCAUAAACUUCCAUCAUCUUACCAUAUUUAUUGAUGACAUGCCCAAUUAGUAUAAGCUCCCCAAGGACAGGUUCUGUGCCUAUUUUGAAAUAUGUAUUCCAAGGUCAUACCCCCAAUGAUCCAGUUAGCACAUAAACCUGAUUGAGCCAAUAAAGAUUGGAAAUAUUUUGUAGUUCCUUAGAAAAUCUUGGUGGUCCCCCCUAUAAAAAGGUAGAGUUGUCCAGGAUGCAGAAUUGAUCGGCAAAAUUCAGCUUGGGAGAGAAGGAAAAGGAACCUUAUUUCAGUGCCUACCCCAGUGUCUUUUUAUUAUUUUUUUAAAAAUUAACAUUUGUGCCGGUUUUCAGAAUCAGUGACUGCAGGAUGCAGCUUUGACAUUAACAGUUGGCUCUGGGGAAUUCUGAGUGGCUCCUUCCCGUCUCUCUAACAUGACCACAGACCCAAGUAAUUUUAGUCCUAACUCUUGCUACCCCAUUCUGCUUCACAAUGACAUCGUGCUGUUUCAAUCUCCAAACCAGAAUGGCCCUUACCUCUUAUCAAUCUGUCAUUAUUAGAAAUGAGAGGACACAAACAAGGAUGAUGAAAAUGUAGGAGCAUGAGAGGCUUUUGUCUUAUGGCAGCUACUAUGUGAAUCUGAGGCGAGAUAUUUCUUAUUUAAAUUCUGAAUUGUGGAACGCUUCACUUUUCGAUGAAGUUUAAACUAUUCAGAUAAACAUAAGGAAUGCCACUGUUUAUAAAAACAUGUACUUGCUCAGUUAAGUGUUAAGAUGAAAGUCCUACAUGCCUCAUGUUUGAAAGAGAAUAGAGGCUCCUCUUUCUACCUUCCUUGUGUGACUGAAGGAGCUCCUAACUAAACAGUGUUCCAAAAGGGAAAGUCCUCUCUGAGUCUAAAAUGACUUUUUAGGUCACUAUAUCUUAUGCGAGGCACGUGAAAAUAACUCCUCAGUCAUGUCCAGUCAGAUGAAUAAACAUGCAAGGGUGAGCUAAUCUACUGCUGUGGCAGCAGCUUCUGUCUUAUACUAACACAUCCCUUGCCCCUCUCAAACCCCCUGCUGCUAGACUACGAGUUACCUGUGGACACACUCUGUAUCUCAUACUCCAUAGAGGGGCCCAACACAUACCUGCUCAUUGAAGGAAGGAAGGAACAGAUCUAUCGGUAGUAACAUCUUAAUAUAAUGAAUACGAAUGGUGAAAACGUGGAGCACAUUACAGAAUAAUCAUUACCAUACUGUGGCACGCUAUAGAACAAGAGUUCACAUAGUUUUAAAUGCGGAGGCUCUUUAUAAACUACACUUUGAAAACAAACUAAGAUAAGCCCUAUUGGAGUCCUUCCAGUCAAUCAGCUAAUACCGAAAGAAGAAAUCUUUUCAGGGUCUCCAGGCCUCUGAACUGCGUGUUCUUUAGCACAGCUGUUGUUGCUGUUGUUGUUUACGGCAGUCUGAACAAUAGCUAAAAUACACCAAGAGCAAAUUAAUAAGAAAAGUCUACACAGCUAGGGCUUAAUUGAAUUAGAAUCCCCAGGCUCCCAAUAAGGGCUAAAUCCAAAGGGAUCAGAGUCAAGUAAAUAAAAAAUUCAGCUGAAUUUUAUCAGAGGGCAAAGUUUCAAAUCUGAGUACCCCAGCAACCAAGGAUGAAUUAUGCAUAAGAUUAGUAAAGUGCCUUCACCCACACCCCAGCCAGAGAACAUUCUUCUAUCUCACUGUGACUGCAGGAAACACAGCAAUGUAUUUACCCGCCAAGAAUAGUUGCAGCUACACUCUAGAUAGGAGUCUAACAAACACUAAGGGAUUAAAGUUUAAUUGUAAAGCUGCAGCUACCUGGGAGUCAAAGCUUGAACUCUGGCUUCACAAAGAAAGUGGGACUCCGGCAUCUUGAAUAGACGAAAACAAGAGCGGGCACGUUCCUAACAAAGGCUGUGAGAAUAUGCUCCCUUCUGAAUUCUUCCCCAAACUGCUUCUCUCUCUCUCCCUCUCUCUCUUUCUCUCUCUCUCUCUCUCUCUCUCUCUCUCUCUCUCUCUCUAUAUAUAUAUAUAUAUAUAUAUAUCCUCCUUGUAAUUUACAAGUGCUCAAUAAGAAUAGAGCCCUUUCCAACACUUUGAAGAAUACAUAUACAUUUCAUUUUCAGAAUGCAUGAAAUUAUAGGAUGAGAUGAGAGGGUGAUUAUGUGGUCUGAUUUCUCUGAAUAUCAGUUCUCUUAAUUUUGUUGAGCAGCAUCUGAAGCCCAAGUAAUUUCUUUUCCUGAAGCUGGCUGUUAGAGAUGGACGUAAGACAAUCUUAAUGUCAUUACAAAAAUAAGACAGAAAAUUUUAUUUUUCCUCAGAUUCAGAAAGAAUACUAUCAAUAGCCAAUCUUGUAUCAAGGCCUCAUCAGCAUUAAGAAACACACCUACGUUUCCUACCUACUGAUACAACUACUAGGAGUACGUCUGCUACCUAAAAUUCCCAUGUUAGCCAGAAGAUACACACACAUUAUAUUUUAGACCAACGUUUAUCCUGUUCAGUUAAACUUCCCCAGAUAAUCCUUCACAAAUUUACCCUCUGAUUUUGAAAGAAGAAUGAUACUGAAACAUGGGGUAUACGUUUGUACUUUAUAUUAAAAGUUUCGUUUUCUUUUUUUUUACCAUUUCAGAGAGUCGAUCAAAUUCCCUCUGAAUCAUUACAAAGCAGUGCCUGCUGCUGCUUUCAUAUUACUGUACAUUUCAGAGAGUUAGACAGGCUGAAGUUUUUUAUACCGUUGUAUGAGUGUGGAUGGAAGGGACCAGUGUUCUUCGUUCUUAAGGGGCUUACUAGCAAGAAAAGGAAUGAAAUUAAAGUGAACCAACUUGAAAGAAAAAAAGUAAAUGGGCAUUCUUUAUUUUAAAGCAUCAGAGUUCAUCAAAUAGGCUUAUGUUGUGAAGAGUGAAGAGUUCUCCAGGCAGUGUGUCUACUGAUGUUUUUGUUUUCGCAGGUCGCAUUUCUGCAACCUAAGCGUCCUUCUGAAAAUCCAUAUUGGCCUUUUCAUUUAAAACUCUUCUCCAAAUUCAUCUCCUGUAGGAAGACUUCUCUAGCAAAACCACUUUACUAUCACCACUCCAUCAUUCUAUAUCCCUUCGGCCUCACUAUAUUUUGUUUGAAAUAUAUUCUUUUGUACUUGUUUUGGCCUAAGUUGUGAACUGACAUUUUAUUGAAACCAAGCAUAUAUAUCAUGACUAAAGGGCUACCUAUUGUGAUUUCAAGCAAAUCACUUUACUUGAGUGACUCAAACUUGCCCAUCUAAAACACUGGAAAACCACAAUCUGUCCUCCAAUGGCUCGAGUAAGAAUAAAUGAAAGUCUAAAUAUACACUCUUAAGAACAAAGAUAAUAACUAACUGAAAUCUAAAUUACUCCUGGUUUAGAAUCAUAAUAUAUUAAAUAGUCAUACAAAUUUAGUUCUCUUGAGCAUUAGAAAUUUGAUUGGUGGGAGAAAGAGCAAAGUUUGACUCAAGAAAGAAGCCAAUAAAAACUAUUCCUCAAGAUUAUAAUUUUAUUCUGUAUCCCAUUAUUCUCUCCAUUUAGAGGACUUUGCGGGGUCUGCAAAAAACAAAGAUGUUUUCUAAAAGAAAAAUCAGUAGGUUUCCUAAUGUGAAUUCUAGUAUCACUCAUGUAAUGGGGUUAGAGUAAGCAAUUGACAACAAUAUCUAAGCACCACUCUUCUGAAAACUGCUAUGCAGUCCAUUUGCCCCAAGUGCUAAUGAUUAAGCAAUCAAUAUAUCAGUAGCAGUUAGCGACAGGAUGUCCUAAACUUUGGCACUGAGACAUCUGCUUUGAGGGGGAAAGGAUGAUUAAAUAUACUGCCAAAUAAAUUCAGGAAAGGAAAGCUUUGGUGAACUUCAUACUUGACAGGCAUGUUAAUAGGGAAAGAGGGUGUUUUCCACAAACUUCAAAACUGAAGGAAACCCUGGGGAAGGGGUAUAAACAUGUGUUAAAAAGUACACUAUCUUAACUUUUACUUUUUUUCCCCCCCGCUUUGAAAAGAAGAGUUUAGUACUCAGAAAAUAUGGAUAAAGAAGAACAACAGCAAUAUCACAAACUUCUCAGUCUGGUUCUUUUUAAAGGAAAACAAUGAGAAUGAAGCACGAGGAAUGCCCUUAAUGGAAGCAGAGAACAUCUUUUCUUUUGCUAGAAAUAUCCCAAUUGAUUAAGAAAAUAAAAAUUGGAAUAUGCUAGACUGCCCAAAUAAAGACUGAAUUCAGUGGCACUAACAAGGGAACAAAAAUGUAAACAUUUAAAAUGUUUUGACCUGUCACACACGGGCUCCUUUUAAUUAUCAGUAUAAUCUCUGGGAAAUAUGUCAGAUAUAUUGCUGUGGGAAGAGCACGACUACAGGACAGUAUUUUAUGGGGAUAUAAGCUUGGGUACAAUUCAAAAUGUUUUAAAAACUAUGUCAGUUCCUAGGAACCAAAGAAGCCUCACAGCUUUGAAAAGUAAUCCAUUUUCAAACAAAGUGAAGAAACUUGUUUUACUUGUUGGUUGAAUUUCUGAUGUGGCCCUGUGUAUUUAAUAAAGAGUGAUAUAAUUAUCAUAGGUUUUUAGCAUGAAUGAAAUCAGAUGGAGAAUAUAAAAAAAAUCACUUUCACCUAUGAACAGAUUUCAUGUCACUGGUUAUGACAAUGGAAAAUUAGGAACCUUUAGAAAUAAUACAUUUUUUCUACUGGUCUAUAUCAAUAUAAAGUUAUAAUUAUCUAUCAACUCCCCUAGGUAUGAAGACGCUCUUUGCCCUGAAAAAAAUGAUGAGAAUAGUGUACAAACCUCAAAAGUUUUGAUCACUAUUCAGUAAAACACACUUGGCAUUUAUUUCUGCUUAUUAUUUUUUAAAAUGUAAUUUGGGGAGAAAAAUGUUAAUUAUUUUUGGGAAGGGGCUGCAGAAAUCCCAGUGGGACAUUCUGGAGAAAGGUCUUUUGUUAGCAUAACAUCUGACUUUCUAUAUCUUUGGAAAUCAUACAACUUGGCUAAUGUAGUCCUUAAAGAAUUAAUCAAGCAGAUUGUUAAGGCCCUAGUUACAGUGGAGCCAGCCAAUUAUGAGUUGCUCAGAAAUUCAUCACUGGCAUGUCCAACCACAUUUUCCCACAUAAAGAUUAGUAAAAAUAUGUGGAAACAGGGCCCAUUCCCACCUCAGCACAGCUACAGUGUGUGUUCAGUGAAACGGAUUUCAACAAAGUUUUGCUUUAGUGAAACAAACUAUUUAUUUGGGAAUCUUUCUGAUUCCUGUCUUUACUCAUUAACAUCUUUUUCUGCCAGGUUGCAAAGGCUAUCUAGCUUGUUUCAUUAAAACCCAACUAGAGAUUUUUGUAUGCAAACACACUUCUGAAUUCAAAGUACUAAAGUCACAUGCCACAAGCCUGAAUUUAUCAGUAAGUCAGUGAAACCCCCAAAGACCAUCUAUAGUGUUCACUGCUGUGAUAAUGCCCUCCCAAGGCUUACUAAGAAGAAAGCUUUUCUUGCAGGAGAGAAAUGAAAGGGGCCAGGCUAGAUGAAGAUUGGUUCUCUAAGGAGAGGGCAUUGCUGCUCUUAAAUAAAGAAGCUCCUUUCAGAUAAGCAGAAUCGGAUUCCAGUUCAUUUGGUUUGCUGGCUACCCUUACUUUGAACUCUCAUAUUUAACCCAGCAGGCUUCAAAGCAGGUGAGAAAAUGACCUACCACUUAAAAGCAAUUUUUCCUUUUUCAGGAAUUCUGGCCUUGGAGAAUAUCAGCUCUGAUAUCAGCACAUUCCACAUCUCCAGGGAUUUAUGCAAUUUUUUUUUUUUUAUUGCUCUAUGUCGAAUGUCAGACGUGGUUUUCAUCUCAGCCAGGAGAAAAAUCAAGAAAGUCCUAACUUGCUAAAACUAAAGUCUUAUUCCACACAGCUUUGUACCAUGAAAAGAUGCGGCACUAAAAUCACUAGCCAUUCUAGUUCAUACCCUUCCAUUUAUCUCAAUUUGAGGAACAGUGAAGAUUAUGAAAAAGCAUAAAUCCCUAGUGCCUUGCUUCAUAAAAAAGCAAUUUUUGUAACAAACGUAUUUUAACAAAUUCAAAUUAAAUUUACUCUAGCAUAUGAGCUAAUAUAAAAAUAUGCUGGAUGAGGAAGAGACUGAUAACAAUGGAAAAAAUUUAGGAAAUUUUCUGAAAUUGCUUUGCCUUACUAGAUUGAUUUCCACUCUAUUUGGCUAUCAAAUACCUGACGUAAUUGAAACUCCUAACAUAGGCCGUUUGCAAUUUAUCAAUACUUGAUGUUCUACCAGGCAGUUUGCCAGCGCCUACAAUCUGAAACAUUUCUCCACUUUUGGUGGUACAAAUACACAUAAUGUACCAGUAGUAUUGUUUAAAUGAUACCUAGCCACAAUUUAUACUGCCAUUUCUAUGGGAAAAUACAUUUUGAGUUUACUUUCAGGACACAGCUCCUCCCAACGUGAAGGGGUUAGGAUUUCUCAUCACAGCUGCACUCUGGUGAUAAUGAUGACAAUGAUGGGUGGUGACAAGAGUGACACUUCCCUAGUUUCUCCUGUGAACACACAUGGUUCUAAACACCUGUCAUAUUUUAAACUCCUUUAACCCUCACAAACGCCUACGAGGUAGUACUAUUCCCCUUUUACAAUGAGGGGGAGAAAUGGCUAAGAAACUUACCUGAAGUUGCACAGCCAGUAAGUGCCAGGGCUGGAACUCAAAACAAAGCAGUCUG